GUUCGGCAACGUACCCCCCCGUAUUAAAAGAAUUAAAGGCUACCUGGCUUGCAAUGCAAAACGAAGGAAUGGAUAAAACGACCAUGUUUCUACUGAAUACGGUAUGUUUUCAGUUUCUUUAUUUUGAAAUUUCAAUGUACCAACGAUUGUUUACGUCGUCCUGACGAUGAACCGGAAUCACCAUUUGAAUUUUACAUGCAUUUUGUCAGGUAAAAACUCUAGGGAUUAUAUGAGGCUUUAAUUCCCUGCAGCUCCGUGUCUCAGCUUAAUAUUUAGCUUCGCCAAAAAUAACUGAAAUGCGUUAAACUUUUGAAGAAACUAAGAGGCUAUUACAAAAAAAAACAUGAACGCUUUAAGUGUCAUAACAUCCUAUUAUAAAGAAAAAUAACGCGGUCAUCUCAGAAGCUGGAAAAAACCCUUUCGGCAUUCACGAAAGACGUCCCAUCCGUUUCAAAUUGCUCGACCUGAUUUACGAUCACCAUCCAAAACUGUCAUCGUAUUGUAUACAGUGGGGCAUUAAUGAGAAAGUGGUGAAACCAGUGUGAAUGAGCUAAUGUGUCAUCGCGAAGAAUUUUUUUUGUAUUGUAAACAAACAAAACCUCAAAUUCAAGAAAAACAAGAAAUCUUAAAGGUACUUCGUGACACACUAAGCAAAACAUCGUCAAACCUUUUGUCUCUUUAUUGAUUUUUUUGGGUUUGCCGAAGUAAACGAAAAAAAAAAAGGUCUACGAACGCUAACAGAAACCCGUGAAAAAAUUGAUUUCCGCCUUUUCAGUGCAUCAAAGCGAACGUGAGAAGAUUUAUCAAUAGACACGCGUGAGAGUCCGGCACCGGAAACUUGUGUCAAUUGUAAAGAAAGGCGAACAACUAGGAAGAAGAACAACCCGGAUAUUGAUUGUCCUUUGCCUUGUAUCAGAAGUCUUCAUCUAUUUAGUAGAUCAAGUUGUAUUCAACAUAACAAUCAUAAAAGGGUCACCUUCUGUUACGCAAGCAAACUCAACCCGUUCUAAUACGGCAAUAAACCAAAGUAAUUUGUCUUAGAACAGGUUAAAUCCACCUACAAUUGGGCGGUGACUUCUAACCCAAAAACCACUAGGCUUCUUUGCUUUCGGACAUCAGUCUUAGAAGUGAGUCGACCAUGAAAACUUCUAGAUUUAAAUCUCGGACAUGUUUUUUUAUUCGUCUAUUUUGCUCGUUACUCAUUUUAAUGACAUGUGAAGUGGAAUCUCAAAAUGUGGUAGCAGUUAAUUACACCGUACCCACUCUGUCUGCAAACGCAAUACCAAUAUCACAGCGAACUGGGAAAAGUCUUCCUGGAGGAGGUUGGAUGGACAAGUUACUAGCGCCAUUACGUUCCUUAAUGGGCACUCGUGCAUACGAUCCAUGGCGCUAUUUUAUGUCAGUGAAACGUCGUGAAGUGAAUGAAAGGAGGUCAUCUUCUUCCUCUUCAUCAAGAUAUUUCUCCACGUCAAUUCCAGCGGAAUUCGAUGCCCGUCUACGGUGGCCCAACUGUCCAACAAUAGGGGAAAUAUUCGAACAAGGCCCUUGCGCUUCCUGUUGGGCUGUAGUGCCCACUGAUGUGAUGAGUGAUCGUAUAUGCAUCCAUUCCGGAGGUCGUCACGUUGUACGCUUGUCCGCUGGAAAUUUACUCGCUUGUUGUCGCAUGUGUGGUAAAGGUUGCAAAGGCGGAUUUCCUGGAGGAGCGUGGAUGUACUGGAAGAAGCAGGGCAUCGUUACAGGGGCAUCCUACUCUUCAGAUUACGGUUGUCAAAAUUAUCAAUUCUUUCCGUGUUACCAACCGAGGAUUGAAGGAUCGCCCAAAAUUAAAUGUCCUAAAACUGAAAACACUCUACUGCAAUGCCAAGAAACAUGUAGAGCAUCGCAUGCAAGAAGUUACAAACAAGACCUCUAUUAUGGUGAGAGUGUUUAUAGAAUACCCAACGACGUUCAGGCCAUCCAAGUGGAAAUUCUGGAACAUGGGCCCGUCCAAGCAAAUCUAAGGAUUUAUGAGGAUUUUCUGUACUAUAAAUCAGGUGUUUACCAGCACAAAAGCGGCAAAGGUUUAGAAUACCAUGCUGUUAAAUUAUUUGGCUGGGGAACUGAUGAUGACGGCACUCCAUAUUGGUUGGCUGCUAAUCCAUGGAGCAAGCGCUGGGGCAACGGAGGUUUCUUUAAGAUUCUCCGAGGAUCCAAUCAUGCGGAAAUAGAAGAUCACAUUAUGGCUGGAAUACCUAAAUUGGCUGCGACCGAUGUAGAUGAUAACGAACUUAAUUUAAUUUAAAAGCAACACAAUUGUAUUAUGGAUCGGGCGUGCGAGAUCAUUCGGUCUGAAAACGUUCUAACUGCUACUCUUGUGAAAUGGAAAAUAAGUUAAUCAAAUAGAAAAUUAA